CCGUAUAUAACGAGCCACCGGACGGACAGAAGGCAGUACAGCUCUGUACAGCUCACAGUCAACAUGGCCUACGUCAAGGUGCUGACCGCGUGUGCGCUGGUGGCCGCUGCUAGCGGAGCUCCCAGCACACCCCUGGCCUACGGCCACGGUUACGCCCAUGGCUACGCCGCCUCUCCUGCCGCCUACGGCCUCGGCUACGCCGCCGUCGCACCGGCGCCCGUCGACGUGGUGGUCGGCCACGCUCCGGUCGCCAAGUCUGUCGAGGUGGUCGACUACGUGAACCCGCACCCCAAGUACGACUUCAGCUACGGCGUCUGGGACGGCUACACGGGCGACCACAAGUCGCAGGUGGAGAGCCGCGACGGUGACGUCGUGCGCGGACAGUACCGGCUCGUCGACCCCGACGGCACCGAGCGCGUCGUCACCUACACCGCCGACGACUACAACGGAUUCCAGGCCACCGUCGAGAAGCGCCCUCUCGGCUACACCGCACCCGUGGCUGCCCACGGCUACGCCGCCCCCGUGCCGGCCGUGGCUGCCCACGGCUACGCCGCCGCCGUUCCCACCGUGGCUGCCCACGGCUACGCCGCCGCCGUGCCGGCCGUGGCCGUGCACGCCGCUCCGGUGGCCGUCUCCCACCAGUCAGUCACCAAGUCGGAGGGUUACGAUGUGCCCGUCGUCAAGGAGACGGUGCACACGGCUCCCGUCGUGGCCAAGGCGGUGCCGGCCGUCCACGCUGUCCACUCCGUGCACGCCGCGCCGGCCGUGCACUCUGUGCACACCGUGCACGCCGCCCCUGCCGUGCACUCCAUCAGCCACGGCUAUUAACUAACUCAUAUACUUUCUGUAAAAACUAUACAACUAUCCAAAGAACUGUGUUGCCACUGUGAAAUGUACAGAGCUGUAUGCUCCGUAAUUUGAUGAUCUUUCCUUCUGAAUGUUGUGUCGUGUUUAAUACAUGCCAAGACUGUACCUA